AUGCAUUCACACGCCGUGAAGCAGCUCAGCCUUCGCAAGACCGGAUUUCCUCCGCAACUGAGUACCAACAACCACCCUACAGCGCCAACACCGAUCUCUGCCAUGUCGACUGCACCGUUGGCGUUAAACCUAAACCCACUUGCUACUCCCGAAAUACUGAAGUACAUCUUGGUGAUACUUCCUCAGUACACUAUCAUCCACUAUACUUAUUUCGCCAUCAAACAGCGAGACGCAACUGCUAUUCACUUCCGCCGACUCCGGACAGUAUGGGUCUAUAAGAUGAUGAGUUGUCGUCUGAGUUGGGGCUCAGUUCUUUUUAAGGAUUCUAAAGUAGAGGUCCAGCAAUCAGAAGGCAUACGAUCGAUUGGCCGACAAAAGGCCGAUCCCAAAAAGAUCUUCAUGUCGAACCGAAUUAUCUUCGACUACAUUUCCGCGUGUUAUCCAAAGCUUCAGAAGUUCACCAUCUACCACUCUGGGCUGAGUCUAAAGUUCGAGCAGUUUCGCACGAGAAAUACGAUCAAGGGCCUGGCCCCCAAGUUGAUGCAUGUCUCCAUCAAAUUUAUUCGAGAAUCCUCAGAGGAGUUACUCAGGAAGAGGGCUAAGGAGAAUCUAGCAUCCCGAUUUCCAUUCGGUGGCCAUAGCAAGCUGGCCAAGACUCAGGGCAACGGGCGACGCGCAGGCGAUGUCCGGCCACGGUUUGAGUGA